CGAUCUGCUUCUGAAGACCCCAACUGGGUUCUAGGUCAUCGCAACCAUGUCUAACGCCACUGACAAAGCGCGCUUCUAUCUGGAGAAGUCGGUGCCAGAGCUCAGAGAGUAUGAGAGGAAAAAGAUCUUCUCCAAGGAGGAAAUCUCGGCGAUCGUCAAGAAGAGAUCGGACUUCGAGCACAAACUCAACGCCCGUGGGGCCAUUCCAGCCGAUUUUGUACGAUAUGCGCAAUACGAAAUGAACUUGGACACCUUGCGACGGAAGAGAGUGAAGCGCUUGGGUAUCAAGAUGCCGGGCCAUACUGGGCAGAGGAGGAUCUUCUUCAUUCUCGACCGUGCGGCUCGGAAGUUUCACGGUGAUAUCCGCUUGUGGAUUCAAUACAUCGAGUAUGCCAGGCAACAGAAGGCUUAUAAGAAGCUCUCGAAUAUUCUUACAGAUGCUUUGCGACUACACCCUACCAAUGUGGAUUUGUGGAUCUACGCCGCGCAGUACAAUGUGGAGGAACACGCCGAUAUGACACAGUCCCGGAGCUACAUGCAGCGAGGACUGAGAUUCUGCAAAAGCUCAAAGAAGUUGUGGCUUACCUAUGCGAAGUUGGAGAUGAUCUACAUCGCCAAGCUCGUCGCUCGACAGCGAAUCUUGGGGCUCGACAAGCCGAUUGAGGCCCCGAAACAACAGGAGCCUUUGGACGAUAUGGAUGCAGAUAUGAUCAGGCUUCCGACAAUCACUGGGGAAGAUAUCAAUCCCAGCGCUGAGAAUGAGAAUGGCGUGGACGAAGUGGCGCUUGAAGCUCUCAACUCGACACCUGCAUUGAGUGGCGCUAUUCCGCUUGCCAUCUUCGACACAGCCAUGAAGAACUUCAACAACGAUGACAGGUUCGGCCAUGAGUUUUAUGACAUGGUGAACGAAUUCGACGACUUGCCAUGUCUGCGCAAGGUCCUGGGGCAUGUGGUCGAAUCCAUGCAGAAAGCCAAGCCCGACAGUCACCAUACACACGUAUGCUACAUCAAGUUCCCUACGGCGGGAAUUCAAGUCACUUCCCCCGAAUUUCCGCGUGCCUUUGGUGCGUCAUAUGGUCGUCUCACGGCUCAUCGCACGAAUCCAUCCGUCGCCAAAGAAGUUAUUAGCUGGCUGCAACCGAUUGAGAAGACCGAGGGCCUGGAUCUUUCACUGCAAAAAGCCAUUUCUGCCACUAUUCGCAAUGCAGAGCGUGUCGUUCAGGGAGCGUAAAUUCAAUCAAACUCUAUUCAAGUUCUAUGCAGGCGUUUAACGGGAUCUACCAUUUGCAAGCUGCAUUAGCAAGCAGAAGAAGGGGCUAUAAAUAUUUCAGUGAGGGAAAAGUUAGCAUCAUAUUAGUCGUCUCUACUGCCUCUCCUGCUACUUUUUUUGCUGCUGAGAAAUUUCUUCGUUUUGAUGCGGGACUCGUUUGCGGCUUUCUGCCUGUACAGUGUUAGCUGAGAGCCGCGGGCAUUGUCGUACGAAUACAACGCAGUUGACCAAACUGGC